AUGGUGACAGUGUCAAACGAUGAUGGUUUUCUGGCCUGUUUCCACGAGCAAAGUAGUUUCCGUAAAAUUCAACGAGUCGUGGGAUACAUUUUGCGCUUCGCUAAGAAUUGUAAGAAGAAGCGUGCCGAACGUGAGCUCGGAACUCAUUUAACCGUCAGUGAGCUACGCCAAUCCACGGAAACCAUUGCAUAUAUCAUACAGCAGUUCCAUUUUGCCGAUGAAAUCAAGCGUGUUGUUACCAAUCAACCGCGCAGAAAACUGGGAAAUUCACGCCCAGUUUACGUCAAAAAACUUCUCCGCGCGGUUGGUCGGUUGAAUAACUCGCAACUACCUUUCGAGAAUCGUCAUCCUAUAAUAUUGCCGGAUAAGGAUCCGGUGGUGCGGCUGCUAGUGCAACAGAUGCACAUCGAGUUACUCCACGUAGGACAAACUGGACUUUUGAAUGCCAUGAGACAGCUAUAUUGGCUUCAAAACGCAAGACCUACCAUUCGUUUCAUCACCCGUUGUUGCGUCAGAUGUUUCCGUACCAGCCCAACUACUACCAGUCAGCUAAUGAGAAACCUACCAGGGUCUAGAAAAGUACCUUCCCCUCCGUUCGCCGUAACAGGUGUCGACUAUGCCGGACCCUUUUGGACGAAACAAGGAUCACGUCGACCUGCAAUAGUGAAAUCGUACGUAGCAGUGUACGUUUGUAUGACGACUAAGGCCGUUCACCUGGAGGCCGUAUCCGAUUUGAGCACCGAUGCUUUCCUGGGUUCUCUUCGACGACUGAUAGCUCCAACUUCUCCGUGA